AUCACAUUUUAGUUAAGAUUUUCUUGUACGUCUGAUACGUGGACUGGACUCUAGAUUGCCAGAGUGAGAGGUGUAUGUAUCUACUCUCUGUAUCUCACAUCCUUCCUCAUCCAUUGCCCAACACACUCACUACAUGACCUUCCCUGUGUACAACUCCACUUCUCAACCAAGGUGCCCUUUUAACCGCUUAGUCUGUGUUUGAUUAUAUUCCUGUUAGAGAUGGCUUUGACAAUGUUUAGAGGGAUAAAAUGCUGUCCAUUUUCUAUGUACCCAUCUGCAUUAGUUGCAAGAAAACAUGUUUUUUUGUAUUGUACUAUGAAUAAUUCACCAAGCCAAACUGCUACUCAAGACAAGGCACAGGCUAAUGCUAAGGUUUCGACACAAUCUAAAAAAAUGUCUAAGGUUGCGAAAGAUUACGAGGCUAUUAUUGGUAUAGAAACCCAUGUUCAGUUAUCUACAUUAACAAAGGCAUUUUGUACUUGUCCUUACAAUUAUGGGUCUCAGCCAAAUUCUAGUGUUUGUCCAAUUUGUAUGGGGUUACCUGGGGCAUUGCCUGUGUUGAAUUCUAAGGUUAUAGAGUACGCGGUGAGGCUUGGGCUUGCACUUAACUGUGAGUUGUCGUUUAAUUCGAAGUUUGAUAGGAAACAGUACUUUUACCCUGAUUUGCCCAAGGGAUACCAAAUUUCACAGUUUGAUGUGCCAAUUGCAACUGGUGGGUUUAUUGAUUUGGAUCUUCCUGUUGAGUUUGGGGGUGGUCAUAGAAAGUUUGGAAUUACUAGGGUUCAUAUGGAAGAGGAUGCUGGGAAGCUGCUUCAUACUGGGAAUGGGAGUUUCUCUCAGGUUGAUUUGAAUAGAGCAGGUGUUCCUUUGCUUGAGAUUGUUUCUGAACCUGAUAUGAGAACUGGAAUAGAAGCUGCAGAGUAUGCAGCAGAAUUGCAAAGGAUGGUGCGAUAUUUGGGAAUAAGUAAUGGGAAUAUGCAAGAAGGAUCACUGCGUUGUGAUGUCAAUGUCUCAGUUCGACCGUGGGGGCAAAUAGAGUUUGGAACAAAGGUUGAGAUAAAGAACCUGAAUUCAUUUUCAGCCAUGAAUAGAGCCAUUGACUUUGAGAUUGCAAGGCAAGAGCUACUUCACAGCCAAGGACAAGCUGAUCAAAUCGUACAAGAGACUCGUCUGUGGGAAGAAGGCGCUCAGAAAACAGUUACUAUGAGGAAGAAAGAAGGGCUUGCAGAUUAUCGUUAUUUCCCAGAGCCUGACCUUCCUGCAGUUAACCUCACUAUUAAAUAUGUUGAUGACAUUCGUGAUUCUUUACCUGAGCUUCCAGAGAUGAAGAGAAGAAGAUAUGAGACUAUGGGUCUAAGCAUGCAGGACAUUCUUUUUCUUGUAAAUGAUAUGGAUGUAGCAGACUUUUUCGAUGCGACUAUUGCAAAAGCAGCCGAUGUAAAGCUAGCUGCAAACUGGAUAAUGGGUGAUAUUGCUGCCUACUUGAAAAAUGAGAAGCUGUCAAUUAAUGAGGUCAAGCUUACCCCUGAAGAGUUGGGUGAGUUGAUUGCUUCAAUAAAAUCUGGGACCAUAAGUGGAAAGAUCGGAAAAGAGAUACUAUUUGAGCUGUUGGCCAAAGGUGGAACUGUUCAAGGACUUAUAAAAGAAAAGGAUCUGGUCCAGAUAGCAGACCCUGUUGAGAUAGAGAAGAUGGUUGAUAAAGUGAUUGCGGACAACCCAAAGCAGCUGGAACAGUAUCGUGGGGGAAAAACCAAGUUGCAAGGCUUUUUUGCUGGGCAGAUAAUGAAAGCAUCCAAAGGCAAAGCAAAUCCAGGAAUUCUAAACAAAAUUCUUUUAGAAAAAUUAAAUGCCAAAAGCUGAUAACAGUACAGCUGAGCAUUUCUGGGUAGCUUUGUUUCAAAUAGCAGGAGUUAACACAUCCAUAGUCUACUUUAUCUAGGGCCCUAUAUAACCUGAAAGGGGACACGAUGAAGCAAAUUUUGCUCAACAAGUGUAGAGUACUGAUUCCGUCCUUGUCACUUGGUUGCCUGAAUUCCUGCUUACAUAUGUGAGGUGAAGAAAGUAACAAAAAGGUCUGUAUGUUGCUUGGAGAAUAUAAGGCAACUUCAUCACUGCAGCAAUACAAAGAAACUAGUGCUCGGAGUUCAUUUAAUAUGCUCAAGAUUUUUCUGUAUAUGGUUUACAUUAGUAUUGCAAACCCCCGUAUCUGUACAAUGUUGUUUGACAUAUCUGAAGACGCUUAAGCUUCUUUUACUGUUAUCUAAUAUUGUUCAGGUGUUCCGUGAA